CAAAAAUGCAAAAUUAUAACUUUCCAAAAACAAAUCUGAAGAAUAAAGACUGUACGAUUCUUGAUUCGAAGCAAAUCGAGGGAAAAGCGGAAGUAGCCAACCCUCUACAGUAUUUUGGUUGCGCGCUUGAAAGAAAGACAUCGCCGGCUGUCUGCUGCUCAAGCAGGUAUAGAGAAGGACGAAGAUGAGUGUGGAAGGAGAAAAGGUGAUACUAGUCCCAUACAUGAAAGAGCAUGUGCCCAAGUACCAUGCCUGGAUGCAAGACCCAGCCAUCCUCCAAGCCACUGCAUCUGAACCACUCACUCUUGAUCAGGAAUAUGAGAUGCAACUUUCCUGGGUUCAAGACCCCCUUAAGCAGACCUUUAUAGUGCUGGACAAAGAGUUAGUAAUUGGAGAUUUUGCUCAUGGAGAACCCCACACCGAAGCCAUGGUUGGUGAUGUGAACAUAUUCAUGAAUGACAUGGAUGAUCCUCACAUGGCAGAGGUGGAAAUAAUGAUUGCUGAACAGAAAAGUCGUGGCAAAGGACUUGCGAAAGAGUCAGUUCUUCUCAUGAUGGCAUUUGCAGUCACGAAUUUUGACUUAACACUUCACACUUUCUUCCAGGGUUUCAAGGUGAUUUCUUGCAGUGAGAUUUUCAAAGAGUUAUGUGAAAUUAGUACUGUUAUAAUUUGUGAUCAUGGUGGCAUGCAAUCUAGUUACGUCAUCGUGUUUGACAACUGA